GCUUCCCUCCCGCCCCCCGGCCCUUCCCUCCAAUUCAAAACCCAGCAGGAACGUUCCACAACCGCCUCCUCCUCCUUUUUUUUUGCCCCCGCCCAACCCAUUCAUAAAAUGUAAGCCCCGCCCCUGCCAGAAGCUGGGCACGCCCCCGUUCUGAACGACCCCGCCUUCCCCCGCCCAGCUGUUGCGAUGCGUUCCUUCUUGAGGAGCCAUGGAAGAAGACCUUGAGCCGUCGUCCCAAGGCUGGCUAGGUGGUUGGUUGCCAGCCUGGCGGCCCACAUCUAUGUCCCACCUCAAGAAUGUGGAAUCUCGGAUCCUGCAGUGCCUCCAGAACCGAUUUGUGGCCCGCUACGUGCCUCUCCCGAACCAGGCCAAGAUCUGGACUAUCUCGCUGUCUCCACAAUGGGGCAAGGGACGUACCCCUUUGGUGAUGGUGCAUGGCUUUGGGGGUGGCAUCGGGCUCUGGAUUCUCAACCUGGACUCGCUAAGCCAGCGCCGUCCCCUCCAUGCCUUUGACCUCCUGGGCUUCGGACGGAGCUCUCGGCCCCCGUUCCCCAAUGACGCCCAAGGGGCCGAGGAAGCCUUUGUGAGCUCUAUCGAGGCCUGGCGUGAGGAGAUGGGCAUCCCCAACAUGAUCUUGCUGGGUCACAGCUUGGGCGGGUUCCUGGCGGCCUCCUACAGCUUGCAGUACCCGGAGAGGGUGAAACAUCUAAUCCUGGUGGAUCCUUGGGGUUUCCCCACACGACCAUCUGAUCCAGAUCAGGCCCGCACUGCUCCAGCUUGGGUCAAGGCUGUAGCUACCGUGUUGGGACGGUCCAACCCUCUGGCCGUCCUUCGAGUUGCAGGACCUUGGGGUCCUGGGCUGGUCCAGCGGUUCCGUCCAGAUUUUAAGCAGAAGUUUGCCAAUUUUUUUGACGAUGACACCAUCUCUGAAUACAUCUACCACUGCAAUGCCCAGACGCCGAGUGGGGAGGCCGCGUUCAAGGCCAUGACCGAAUCCCUGGGAUGGGCUCGCCGUCCCAUGUUGCAACGCAUCCACAUGAUUCGGCGUGACUUGCCCAUCACCCUGAUCUACGGAGCCAACUCCUGGAUCGAUACCAGCACUGGGGAGAAGGUCAGGUACCUACGGCCGGGAUGCUACGUUAAGGACAUGGCCAUCCCCCGAGCCUCCCACCACGUCUACGCUGACCAACCCCGAGCCUUCAACAACGCAGUGGAACAAAUCUGCGACUCUGUGGAUUGACCCGCCGGAACCGGAGUGAAAAAAAAAAAAUUAGCUCUUAUCACGUCACCUUAUCGCUCAGCUGCGGGGAGACGCAGGAGGCACACACGCCACUUCCCCGUGCCCUCGGGGCGCCGAAACGGAAAUCCCUGUGGAUCUGACUUGCGAAUGGAUCUCCGGGGAUCUCUGCUGUCCAGCCUGCACACUCUCCCUCUCUCCCCAUCCCCUCGAAUUGUCUUUCUACUUAAAAGGUUGCAGAUCGCCUGCUUUGGGUUAA